AUGAACCACCUCCGUGAAUCCCUGCUGAGCCCCUCGCCAAAAGGCACCCCCGACCUCACUACGUUAGACAGCGCCUCUAUAGACAAGCAGGAUGUGCUAGCAGCCGUUGCCCGAGGGGAAUUUGAGGAACUCCGGGGAGUAGCCUUCUUUAAUCGAACCUGGGUCGUCAGCAACAGAUACUGUAGCAUCGGAGAUGGAGUGGAUUUUCUCGAGGAGUAUCUCCAUUCCAUAUGGCAUAUAUACUACCAGCUCGGCCGAUAUACGUCGCAUGAGACGCCCGACCACGAUCGUCUAGUCCUCGAUAUCCUCCGCAUCCAGGGACUAGGCCCGUUAACCAGGCCUGCACCUGGACUGUAUGGAAUCGAUAUCGCGCGAACAGUCGAAGGCACGCUAUGGAAUGACCUGCCUUUCUUGGUCACUGACAUGACCGACUUCUGGAUCAACAACUGCGCGUCAAUGUCCGGCACCCAUCGACUCAAUUUUGCGUCCUUCUUGGCCAAGCUGGCGUCAACCCGCGCCAGCAAGGACAGAAUGUGUCAGAUCGCCCUCAUCCUAUUCCGCACUACGUUUGAGGAUGGACGGGACCUUCGCACCACGGAGGAUCCGGAAAGCGAAGAUCUAGGACGCAGCAUUAGGAACCUUGACAUUGUGCACUUGUUGCCAGCUGCCUGUGCGUGGAUUAAGGAGGCAGGUUACAAUCUCAUUCAACUCUCGGAUGUCUCAUGGAAUGAUUGCCCAAGCACCAUUGGCCACGGUGGGCAGAAGUUCAUCGAGUCAGAAUUCGGGAAGCGAUCACCGACUGGAUUCACGCCAUGGAGAUGGAUGUACUGGCUCAAGCGACUCCAUGAAAUUCAGGAAGAGGCAAAAGAGGCUAAAGAAGAACGGCUGGAGGAGUAUGCCACGGAUGCCAUUGAAAGGAUGGUCUCAAACGUGGAGGAACGGAACUCUGAAAUUCUGAGGGCGUACCAAACCGGUGGGGAUGUCAUAUCUCAGGAUAAGCAUUUGUUAUGCCUGAAGAAUCUUGUGAAGAGCAAAAGGGUGGAGAAGGAGGAGGAGGACGACGAGGAGGAUAUUUAG